GAGGAGGGAGGCAGGGCCAAGAUGGCGGCGCCCUGUGGGCUAGAGGAGCCCCGAGUGGUAAACAGCUGAGUUGGAGAGAAGGAGGGUGAUCAUGAAAGGUGCCAGAUUGACAGCACUGGAAACUGAAGUCCUACUUGUCCACAGAACAGAAGAGCAGGCAUAACACUGUAUUGCUGUUCCCAAUGCUGGGAGCAAAGAGUAAAGAAAGAUGCAACAACAGCAGUUUGGACUUCAUCCUGUUGCUGUAGACCCAUGCACUCUCUCAUUACCUUUGUAUUUGGGAAUGAGACAGGAUUAAAUGUUUAAAAUACAGUCAUUUUCCCGAUGAAUGUUGGAGGAUUUGAAUCAAAAUGAAGAUGACUUUGGUCUCCUUGUUCCAUCUGGUAGGGGCACCAAUGAGGAACCUGAAGAAGUUUUAACUUGCACAUUCACAUAACACGUGCAUAAGCCUAUAGUAGUAAACAGAAUGGCCCAGCAAGCAAAUAUUGGUGAGCUCUUCUCUAUGUUGGAUUCUUCAGUUCUGCUUGUCCAGGAAGAUAUAACAGCUGUCUUCAAAGAUAACCUCAACUCUGACCGUGGACCGAUGCUUGUGAAUAUGCUAGUAGAUUACUACUUGGAAAACAAUUCUCAGCAGGCAUUGCAGAUCCUGUCCACACUGCAAGAGCCUCAUGACAAGCACCUACUGGACAAAAUUAAUGAAUAUAUGGGCAAAGCUGCUACCCGUUUACAUACUCUCUCACUGCUGGGUCAUGUGAUAAGACGACAGCCAUCUUGGAAACAUAAACUUUCUCAAGCACCUCUCCUGCUUUCUUUACUUAAGUGUCUUAAGACGGACACAGAUGUAGUAGUACUCACCACUGGUGUCCUAGUGUUAAUAACCAUGCUGCCAAUGAUUCCACAGUCUGGCAAAAUGUACCUUCAUGAUUUCUUUGGUAUAUUUGGCCGUCUCUCAUCCUGGUGCUUGAAGAAUCCAGGUCAUGUGGCAGAGAUCUAUCUCGUCCAUCUCCAUGCCAGUGUUUAUGCUCUCUUUCACCGCCUUUAUGGAAUGUAUCCUUGCAACUUUGUCUCCUUUCUACGCUCUCACUACAGUAUGAAGGAAAACUUGGAGACUUUUGAAGAGGUGGUCAAGCCAAUGAUGGAACAUGUACGAAUUCAUCCAGAAUUAGUGACUGGAUCCAAGGACCAUGAACUGGACCCACGAAGGUGGAAAAGACUAGAAACUCAUGAUGUUGUGAUAGAAUGUGCCAAAAUCUCCCUGGACCCAAAAGAAGCCUCAUAUGAAGACAGCUAUUACUCUGUGUCACAGCCAGUCAGCAUAUGCUUGCAGCCUCGUCAAAUUGACCCCAAUGCCAGUCCUUAUAUUGACACACACAGCAGCUACGGAACUUCCACUUCUACCCCUUAUUCCACUCCUAGGCUAACCCUAUCACAAAUGCAAGGGCAGCUACCUCAGAUUCUGAGCCCACAGUCUACGCGGCUGUCAACUGAGCCACAGCAGGUUACCAUCUGGAGCCCCUCUGCAGUUUGUGGUAUGACCACUCCACCAACCUCUCCAGGAAUUGUCUCGUCGGAGUCCUCACAAACUUCAUCACAGCCUUAUAGCAAAUAUUUUAGCACACCUGGUGGAAAAGGAACCCCUCUAGGAACACCAGCCACCUCCCCUCCUCCACCCUGCAUUUCAGAUGACUUUGUGCACGUUUCACUCCCUUCAGCUGCUGCCACACCUCCCAAGAAGGAGGACAAACCGGAUCCCGGGAGGCCUUCGCUGUCCCGACAGCAAAAUGUCAUAAACAGCGAGAAAGCAUUGGAAGUGCCUGGCAGUAAAAGUUCUGUAAAUUUAAGUGAUCUUCCAGAAUUUUUAGGUUGCCUGGCCUCUGAUGAAGAUAGUGUUGAGAAGGACAGAGAAGAAGAUGCAAUAUCAAAAGAGAUCUCUGAGAUCACUACAGCAGAUGCUGAGCCCGUGGUGCCUAGAGGAGGAUUUGACUCUCCUUUUUACCGCACAAAUGAGAGUUUACCAGCCUCUCAAAGGAAGACCCAUUCAGUAGCCUCCAGUGCUCAAGGACACAGUCUGAGCUCUGAACCGUUAGCCUCGUCUCUGGACAAAUCUGGGCCUGAGGGUGCACGAGACACACCUAAACAAGCAUUUACUCCCAUUGACAGGCCCUGUGGAGCCUCUGAUGAAAGCCCUGCUGGUAACAGGGUAGGCCAAUCCUCUAUGGAGACCAGUAUCCUCACUCCCAGCCCUUGCAAAGUACCAGCACAGAGAAGAAUGGGGUUUGGGAGUGGGCAGCCUCCCUCAUAUGAGCACCUUUUUGAGGUUGCAUUACCAAAGACUGCCUACCUCUUUGUUAGCAAGAAGACUGAGGAGCUGCUAAAGAAAGUCAAGGGAAACCAGGAUGAAGACUGCACAUCUUCCACCUCUCCAAUGGAAGUACUGGAUAGACUGAUACAGCAAGGAGCAGAUGCACAUACCAAGGAGCUCAACAAAUUGCCUCUGCCAAGCAAAUCUGCUGACUGGACUCACUUUGGAGGUUCUCCCCCUUCAGAUGAGAUUCACACCCUGCGUAACCAGCUGCUUUUGCUACACAACCAGUUAUUGUAUGAGCGCUUCAAAAGGCAACAACAUGCCCUUCGGAACCGGCGACUCCUGCGGAAAGUGAUCAAAGCAACAGCACUGGAGGAACAUAAUGCUGCCAUGAAAGAUCAGCUGAAACUACAGGAGAAAGAGAUCCACUCCUUGAAGCUUAGUCUGCAGAAAGAGCAGGCCAGAUACCACCAAUUUCAGGAAGAGCAUGAUAAUAUAGUGGCUCAGCUUCACAGCCAGAUCCGACAGCUGCAACAUGACAGGGAAGAAUUCUACAACCAGAGCCAGGAAUUGCAGACCAAGCUGAAGGACUGUAGGAAUAUGAUUGCAGAUUUGAGGUUAGAAUUAAAGAAAGCCAACAACAAGGUGUGUCACACAGAGUUGCUUCUCAGCCAAGUUUCUCAGAAGCUUUCCAACAGCGAGUCAGUCCAGCAGCAGAUGGAGUUCUUGAAUAGGCAGCUUCUGGUUCUUGGGGAGGUCAAUGAGCUGUACUUGGAACAGCUGCAGCACAAGCAUGCAGACACGACAAAGGAAGUGGAAAUGAUGCAGGCUGCCUUUCGGAAAGAACUGGAGAAAGCAAAAUUCUGUGUUCAACAGCAAAGCCAGAGGCUUGAUGCCUCCCAGAAGCGGAUAGUUGAACUGGAGUCUCAGCUUUCUAAGAAAGAUCACCUGUUACUGGAGCAAAAGAAAUAUCUGGAGGAUGUCAAAAUCCAAGCAAGAGACCAGCUGCAAGCGGUAGAGAGCAGAUACAAAGCCCAGAAAAGAAUUACACAAGUCUUUGAGCUGGAGAUUUUAGAUCUGUAUGGCCGAUGGGAGAAGGAUAGCCUAUUGAAAAAACUUGAUGAUGAAAAAACAGAAGCAGCUGAAGCAGCAGAAGAAAGGCUGGAUUGUAGUAAUGAAGGUUUUGCAGACUCUGUGGCAGGAUACAGUGAAGAAGCAAUUGGUAGAAAUGGGGAGACCAAACCUCCGAGCACCCGGGGUAGUAGUAGCAGUAAAGGCAGCAGCAGUGAGCUGUCCACCCCAGAAAAAUCCCAGAACCAGAGGAUGGGUCAGUUCAGCAGUCACUGGGAAGCAUCCAUGUUGCUGGAGCCUUCCACUAGCGUCCCACUAACUGUAGGCUCACUCCCCAGCUCCAAGAGCUAUCUUGGAAUGAAGGUGCGUGAAUUAUUCCGCAACAAGAGCGAGAGCCAGUGUGAUGAGGAGGGUAUGACCAUCAACAGUCUUUCUGACACUCUAAAGAGUGAACUAUGUAAAGAUCCAAGCAUGGUGGAGGCAAAGGCUCCUUCAAGCCCCGACAACCCCAGCCCCUCACCCAUGAACCAGGAAAGCAGUGUUGGACAGCUUCAUAUCAUGGACUACAAUGAAACUCAUCAUGACCACAGUUAAAAAGGAAGAUAGUCAAUCAGUGUUAUUUUCAUAUUCUUGGCAUAGAACAGGAGGCGUGAAUGCAAGUUUAACUAAAAGCUUUUAUGUUUCAUUGGUCUGAGCAGCUAGCUCGAGCAGUGGAAACAGGAGUGAUGUCUUCUUACAUAAGAUGACUGCUGAAUGAAUGCAAAAUGGAUUUAGGGUCUGGAAUGGUAAUGCCCAAUCUAACUUUCUUCUGCUUCUCCUCUCUCAAAUCCCAUCAUUAGCAGUGUGUACUAAUUUGAAGGGGCAACUGUUAGCAUUUAUAAGUAUUUUUUCCCUUCUCCCCUCCCCAAUGAGUGGUUGCAUCCUAUGAACUUGAGUGCAAUAUGAGGCCAAAUUAACCUUUGUGAAUCUACCUAUGAAUGCUUAGUGCUUUACUUAGCUGAAAUAUCUCAGCAAGCUUCCAAUUUAGAACAGUUAAUUGUGUUGCCCUUGCAGGUGAUUUUGGUUAUGUUCUUCUGGAAAGAAGCAAAACCAGAGUUUCUAGUGCAUUCAUCUGAAGGUCUUUAUUUUGCCUGUAUGUUUUCCCCCAACUCUGGUCUUUGUAGAUUGGACUAUGGUCAAGUGACUGAAUGGUUAAAGAACAACACACACCUGCAAACUGAUGUUGCAUUCACCCCAAUUCAUAAUCAUUGUUUCUUUUGUCCUUAACAUUUCCUGGAAAAUUAUAUGUGAACAAACGUUGUCCUUCCCCAAGGAACUGCAAACUAUUUGCUGAGGUCUCGUUAAAACACUCUUGCUUCUGAUUUUUUUUUUUUUUUUCCCCCUUGGGUGGGUAAGGGGGAUGUUCAUUGUUCGUUUGACAAACUGGUACUUGUCUGACCUUAAAUUGUUGCGUGAGUGGAGGUGAUGAGAACUGAAUACUGAGUGCAGGGAGAUCCAGACAAGGACAGUAUGUAGAGAUUUUGUGUAAAGUGGCGGGUUCACCAAAACUUCCAAGUGAGCAUUUUGAAGAAGAUUCUGCAAAUGUUUCUCUAAGCUGGGAGACAAUUGUGCUGCCUGGACUCUUCUUUUCAUUGUGAUCUUUGUCCAGGCUGACCAAGACAGUCUCAUUCUGGGUUGAAGAAUCUCAAACCUUCCUUCUUCUUCCCAGGAAUAGUUUAUAAGAUUCCAGGCUUGAAUCAAGAAUCAUUGGAUAAACUCCCAAAGGAAGUCCUCCCCCUAAUGCUAUUGCUCUCUUGGAUACAGAGGUCAUGGCAGUUCAAUUUUUGGCUACCUAGUUUUCUCUCUCUCUCUCUAUCCUUCCACUCCACUCUCCCAAGCAACUGAGCUUGCUGUUGGGCCAGUGUAUGUAGCUCAAAAUGAUAUACAGGACCCAAUCCUGCAGCCUUCCCAUCUUUAUUAUUCCCAUUGAAGUCAAUGGGGAGCCUUGCAUGCUGAAGGACUUUGGGAUCAGGAUUUAUGUCGGUCAUCAAACUCUGGUUUCCUUCCGGUCAGAACAGAGAUCCAUUAUUAGGAAAGAGAGAGAAGUUCAUUUAUGUGAGACUCUGAUACGUCUGGGUCCAGGAUCACUUAGUCUGUAAUAUGACCUUUUAAAGCUUCAGAGCCACGCUGCCCCAGUGUUCAUUUUGUUCCUACUUUUACAGAUGUCAUCUUUUUUUUUUUCCUUAAACAGUCUACAGGGGUGGUGGUAAGAAUCUUCCGAAAGGUAACUACACGUGUACUGUUUUUCUAGCUUGACCUAAUCUAAGUAGGAAUAGAACUGAUCAAAGCAGGCUGGCAUUCUGCUAACCUGACAAACAGAGCUGCUGGGAUUUCCUCCCCUUCCCACUUCCCCCCCACUCCGCCCCCCCAUUGCCCAACCAGACAAUACCUUCCCUUCCAUUCCACCUCUCCCAUAACACCUAUGGUCUGUAUACAUUUCUGCCUGUCAGCCAGUCCUGACUCUGAAAGUAAAGGUGAACUUUGGUGGUUUUUUCAAAGCUUGAACCUGCACAGAAUAGGAAAUAGUGUCACUUACAAGUGACAUUGACUGGUUUCGUUGACACGUCUGUAGGUUUUCUAAGACUUGGUGGUAGUUGCAAUAGCAAAUGAGUGAAAACAAAGGCUUCAUAUCCCACUCACCCAGAAGUGAACAGUUUGCACAUUGCCCCUAACAGGGCUAACUCAGCUAUUGGAUACAGUUCUGUUAUGGGAAUCAGAUAGACCCUCCCUUCAGUUUGGCAAUUCCCAACAGACUAUCCUGCCACAUGGUGACUCACUUCUUUUAGUGGAGGGACUUUUGUUGUUGUUGUUAGUAGCAAAAAUGCUCUGGAGCUAAUCAGAGCUCAUCAGUAGGUGACCUUUUCUCUUUUAAAAGGAUGUUAGCACUGGGAUGGAAUCAGAAACCACUUUAGAAGGUUUAUCUAUGGACCACAAAGAUUAUGGAGGAACAAAUUUUGCCAUUGUUUUUGUAAAUCUCUAAAAUUAUGGAUCUACUGUAUGUAGUAACUUGCAUUUUGUUUAAAGGGAUCCCAUCAAUGAAGUGGAGACAGAUAUUUUUAACUGACUGCUUUUAGUUAAAUCUAAAAACGCUGUCUUUGUCAAAAGUUAAUCUGUUCACUGCCUCGCUCUUUGUAAGCAUGUUAAACAAUCCACAUUAAAUGCCAUAAAUAUGAAAUACAAGGAAAAAUGGUACAAUCUAAGCUAAAGAGAACUUUAAACCAAAAGGAGGUUUUGCUGUCCUUAUUAGAAUGUUCUAAAAUGUCAAGGCAGUUGCUUGUGUUUAACUGUGAACAAAUAAAAAUGUAUUGU